CGUUACCAAAUCCACUGGGCUGUCCAAUGUGCCAGACAGCCGCUUCUACAACCGUGAUCUGGCUACUCGACGCAGUCUCAUAUACUCUCUCUCCGCACAAGAUAGUUGGCCCUGCGGCGGACCCUUCUCGUAUGGGCACCACUCUUCAGGGUUUACGAUCAAGUUAUCGCACUCUCGCAAGCAAUUGUCAACCAGACGCUCCCCCGCCAUUUUGCCGCCCUGGACGCAGCAGUCCAGUUGUUCCUUUUCAAAGCUGCAGCAGGCGUGCCAAAGUACUUGGGCCCACGGCGGAGCUCAUCGACAAGACCGGCCACGACAGCGCACUCUAUCUACAUCAAUUGUCCGGGCGAAGGCGUGUACAACGCUUUCGCCAAUGUUGACAACGACCAGCUCCAGCAGGUGGAGAUCUUCUCGAGACAAAUACGCGUCGAGAAGGAUGACGAAUUCGCCCCGCUCCGCUCAACUCUAAAGUAUCCGAGUGAGGGGGGUGACACACACGACAAAGUCGUUCGAGUUUGUCAACUUAUCCUGCAAGCCAGUCUGCCGCGUCACCACGCUCACUCAGCCCUAAGCCCGCAGCGGCAAAUCAGUCAU